AUGGUUGACAACAGUGCAGCUGUUUAUAUGAUUAAUAAAAUGGGCUCCAGCCAUACCGAAAUUGGCAAUGAUAUGGUUGUUGCAAUUUGGGAGUUCUGUAUUAACAAUGAAAUUUGGUUAACUGCUGCCCAUGUCCCAGGCAGCCUUAAUGUCAUAGCUGAUGCAGAAUCUCGUCGUUUGUACACAGAUGCAGAAUGGAUGGUAAAGCCAUCCCUUUUACAUGAUGCAUUGUCUAACCUAGGUUUCAAACCAGAUCUUGACUUGUUUGCAUCCAGAUUAAACAAACAAUUUGCAAAAUAUUGCUCCUAUAAACCUGACCCAGGUGCAUUGCACAUCGAUGCAUUUUCCAUAUCAUGGAACAGGACAAACAUUUAUUGUUUUCCUCCUUUCAGCUGCAUUUUACAGGUGUUGCAGAAGAUCAUUCAGGAGAAGGCAGAAGGUAUAUUGGUUGUCCCCAACUGGGCAACACAACCUUGGUUUCCCCUCCUAGAACAAGUCCUUGUCAAACAACCCAUUCUUCUACCACCAUCAAAACAAACACUUGUCCUCCCUGCCCGACCAACGGAAAUCCACCCACUACAUCAGAAACUGGAACUAAAAAUAUGUCUUGUGUCCGGACACAGGUGGAAUCCUUAGGUCUAUCCUCAUCUGCAGUAAAGGUAAUUAUGGCCUCAUGGAGGAAGGGUACCAAAGUUCAAUAUCAGACAUACCUUACUAAGUGGAUAAAAUGGUGUACAGACAAGGGUUGCCACCCACUUACUGCCUCAAUAUCAGCUGCAAUCGAUUUCCUUGCCAAUUUAUAUGAUUUGGGUUAUUCUUAUAGUUCUAUUAACACUGCUAGAAGUGCCUUAUCCUCUUUAUUACAAACUGAACCCCCAUUUGGGCAACAAUCGUUAGUAAAACGGCUCAUGAAGGGUAUCUUUGAGCUAAAACCAAGUUUACCACGUUAUUCAGACAUAUGGGAUAUCAAUCCGGUAUUCAAUUUUAUUCGUAAGAAACCAGAUUUAGAUAAAAUGACCCUAAAGGAACUUACUCAUCAACUUACGUUUUUAUUGUUAAUACUAAGUGGACAAAGAUGUCAAACUAUUCACAUGUUAUCUAUAGAAAACAUGAAACUUUGUGGCACACAAUGUAAAUUUUAUAUUUAUAACCUUGUUAAACAGAGCAGACCUGGUACACACCUUGAGCCAAUUAUAUUCAAUAGUUACUCGGCAGAAGGAAAACUUUGUGUGAUCAAGCACCUGAAUGAAUAUUUAAAACGAACAGCUCAGCUGCGUCCACCAGAAUGUAAACAGUUACUUAUUAGUCUUCAGAAACCUCAUGGCGCGGUAACCAAAGAAACGAUUUCCCGCUGGUGCAAGCAAUUUCUGAACAGUGCUGGUGUAGAUACUGACAAGUUCAAACCACAUAGUACUAGAGCAGCGUCAACCUCGCAUCUUGUAGCUAAUAACAUUGACAUUUCCUCAAUAUUGAAAUCCGUCGGUUGGUCAAAUGAACAUACGUUUCAAACAUUUUACCAUAAACAGUUAGAGAAACCUGUAUUUAAUUUUGGAUCAGCUCUGCUGGAAUCUGCAAACUAGUAAUUUGAAACAUGUAUCCAAUAUUGUAAUUAUAUUAAUUGAUGAAUGUUUCUUACCGGGUGUGUUCGUUACUUAUAUGAAUUUUUGCUCCCUGCUCGCUUUGAAAUCUCGUGUCAAUUCCGUACAACUCUGUAACGACCGUAGGCUGAUGACGUAGUAGAAUUUUAAAAUUCAACGAGACUUACCUUACGUUGAAGUUGGAUUUAAAUUCUACAAGUCAUCAGCCAGGGAGUGAAAGAGUUGUACGCCCUCCCAUUAAAUAUGUGACCCCACCCACAACUCUUAUCACUCAUAGCAUGGAGCAAAAAUAUAUUAGGCUAGCUACGAAGUUUGGUUCUCUGUGAGAUGUCGGCGCUAUCUCGUGUCAAUUCCGUACAACUCUUUCACUCCCUGGCUGAUGACUUGUAGAAUUUAAAUCCAACUUCAACGUAAGGUAAGUCUCGUUGAAUUUUAAAAUUUCAGUGUAUCUUUAAUAUUGAUUCCUUUUUUUAUUAUAUUGAAUUUUUUAAAUAAAUAAAAAAGAAAGCAAAGUUAUUUGCAUGCGAGAAUUUGAAAUCAUUUUAUUGCAACUCAAAGUUUAUCGAUAAAGCCAUUUAAUUAAAGGCAGUUUUAUAAAGAACACUUUAAAAUGUUUUGCGAAGCUUUUGUGGUUGAAUUUUACCUUAAAUUGAAGCUAAUAUUACAUAUAAUAUCAUACCUAACAUAUAUAUGUUGGGAAAUUGAUAAUUUUGUAAUUAAAAGUGAUAUUUUUAGGCGAUUUUUCAUUUUUAAGAAUAUUCUUAAAAUUAUUGUGUUACCAUAACAACUACUUUAGAUACUUCAUGUUCGAAAAAUAUAAUGGUUUUGUCAGCAAGGCGAGGGUUUCUGCAUGCAUGUAUUUCCUAGUUAUUGAUUUAUCAACAAGAUGAGACAACUGCCUCGUUGAAGAUCAUGUCGGUAGAUUCGUUACAUCCUGCUGGUACUACCAAUAUGCUUUUUGUGUCAUCUAUUAUUUUCAAAUGUCGAAAGGAAUGAGAAAAAAAACGGAAAGUGAAAUCUGAUAUACUUAUAUCGAAUUACAAUAGUACAAUAGUUUUUUCUUUUAUUGAAAAAAAUAUUAACAUUACAGUAAUAUCAUAUAGCUGGGAGGGAUUCCUUGUAAGAGUAAGUAGAUCUAUUCUUGUGAAAAAAUCCAAGAUGGACGCCCUAUUUUUUGUUUACCUCCCAGCUAAAAUACCAUCCUCCCAAAGUAGGUAGUUAUCCCUCAUAUUUAAAUAUCUCUGUGACAUUUCAAUGGAAUCCUUUCAAAAUUGGUACAUGUAUACCUAAUAUAUAUAUGCAAAUUUUCCUCAUGUGUAUGUGUCUCUAUGAUUAAAUCAAGGUGGCUAUGUAAUUUUUUAAAUCCACAAAAUAACACUUUUGCUAUCUCCACCCUCCUAGGUCGAAUCUUAAUUGCAUGAGUAUGCUUCAUUUGGGUUGAUUAGCAACCCUGCAAAAGCCCUGUCGCUCGUCGGUUUAUUAACUUAAGGUGGCACUGGUGGAACAUUGGUUAUUUUGUAAAGUUUUUUUUUGUUAAUUUUUACUUGAAUAGUUCAUAACUUUUUAUAUAGUCAUUAUGUCUCAAGGGGAUGUAUCCUCAAUUCCUGAUGAGGCUGGUUGGUAAAGAUUUGGAGGGCUACCUCACUGGAAUAAGGAAUGGAGAGAGCAAAGAGAGAGCAAAAUUGUUUGCCACUGUGGGAAGCAAAGGUCGUAAGGAACUCAUCUGGAAUUGCCCAAUGGGGCACUUCACAGAUUCAGAACACCACCUGGUUGCUGAUACACUGGCAGCAAUGUAUAGCCCCACAAAUUCAAAGGAACUGGACAACAUCAUGAAGGUCCUGUUCCCUGAAGUCCUAAUAAAGAUCUACAUGGACCACCAAAAAGUGGACUAUGCCACAGCUGAAGAACUCUUCAAUUAUGACGUGUACCAG